AUGGCAUGGUAUUCGCACAAAAGACCUAGCUUCGGCAAGCCACAUAAGCUCAGGAACGAUCAUGCGGCCUAUUAUCACCGCACUGAACAUUAUCUGAAAUUAGUUACUCUUGCUACUUUAUGUAUACCACAUAAUCAAUUCAUCACCGCUAACAUGCCGUUCAAAAACCUGGCUCAAACACGAGUGCGGCUACCCCUCGCCUUCGAAGACAUAUUCGAUACGCUUACAGGCCGAUGGUUCCGCCCAGUCCAUGCAGACCAGUUGAUGCAGCCAUGCAGGCGGAAUCCUCAGGCAUACUGCGUCGCCGACCUUUUGGAACCGCCUCCACGAUAUCAGCAGGAAAGAAGGGCACUUCCUCUCGUCGGUGAGUUGGAGAUGUUACAAGCGGAGCUUUACCGCUGCCGGACGCGAUCAUCCAACGGCAAUGAUGUAGAGAGAGAGCUUUUGGAUGCGGAUGCUGAGCAUCUGAGCCAAUGGAUAGAGCAUCUAGAGCAUCUUGUGUACAUGGAGGCGGCAACCACAAUCCCUUCUAGAUACCAACAAGAGUGCAUGGCUGUCACGAUAUUUAAACGAGUCUUUAAACGCAAUAAAAACCGCCAAGCUUGA